AAAUUAAUGGAUUUUACUAGAAAAUGGCCAAGGGCUUAUCAGUCCCAUUGUCUCUUUCUGGAUGCUCUGGAGGACAGCACAUCUUGGCUUCUCUUACAUGUGGAGCUAUUUGAGUGGGUUGUAGGCCAUGGAAUAUGGGCAGAAGUGAUUGCAAAAUUGUGUCUUCAUUAUGUUUUUCUCAUUUCUGCUCCAUCCUGGGGAUGCCUCUUUGGACGUAAUGCUUUCACUUUUCACAGUGUCCAGGAUUAUUGCCCUCUUCAUGUGGGCUACAGGUUUGGGUGGUGGGCUGAAAGUGUCUUGAUGAGACAAGAUCUGGUGACCCUGAGUUGCAGGGCAUAAGCUGGGCUGUCUGGUUUGUGCCUGGUUCUGGCUUCCCUGGGGGCUGGAGGGGCAGAAGGGGAGGGGUCAGAUCCUAGUUGCUGUGAAUUAGAAUCUUCUGAUCCGUAGUCACACGCGUUAUCCAUUGCGCCACUGGCCCGUGCCUGUUGCUGUGAAUUAGAGAUGAACAGUGACACGCCCUCUUAUAUCACAAACUAGAAACCAUGUCAACUCCACUCUUCCCUUAGGGCUGCAGGUAGUUAGUCUCAGUGAUCCUAAGUUUUGAAUCACGUAAGAAAGUAUCCCUUGGGCAAUAGGUCUACCUGUAUAUUAGGAAACCCUCCUGCGUAUACCGUUUUAAAAAGACGCAUAUGCCAAAUGCUGCAAAGUAUUAUGUAAAAAUUUAAACAGUAUUCAUGAGGAUCCUGUUGAAUCAGUCAACGUAUUAUAUGUUUUGACAAAUAUUAGAGUCUGCAAAGAAGUAUCUCAGACCCUCCCCUAGCAGUGUAUUGUGAUGAUGUUGCCAAUAAUACAGAAUAUUAAUAAUGACAGCAAUAGCUCUUAUGUUCUUAUCGGUAUGUUCCAAGCCCAGUGCUAAGCAAUUCUUAGUUACUUCCCACCAAACAGGUGGCUUUGUCUCACUUAUUUACUGGAAUUUAAAGAGUCUGGUUCUCAAAUGUUUUGGAGCAUCCACUUUUCCUGGACAAGUUAAGCAGAGGGCUGGGUCCCACCCCCCAGAAUACCUGAUUCAGUGGGUGGGAACUGAGAACUUGCAUUUGUAACAAAUUCCCAGGUAAUGCUGAUGUCAUCUGAAAAUUACUGAUGGGGACAUUUUAAUAUUAUCAUAUCAAAUAAUUAUCUUCAUUUUCCUUAGGAAUCUCCAUCUCAAGGCUCAGAGAGAUGAAGUGCUGGCGCAGGGAUACACAGGGAGGAAAGUCAAGGCGUGAGUCACCUGGUAGAAAUUCAAGGCGUGAGUCACCUGGUGGAGACAUUUGAGAGUAGGUCAUUGCCUCAGAUAAUUUCCAAGGAAAUCUGUGUGCCUCUCCUUUGAGAAGAGGUGAAGCCAAUCCCUUUCUUGGGAACCUUGAGAAGCCGCGUCACCGAGAACAGAAAGUGCGCUCCAGGUACCUCCCGGAUUCCGUCAAACUACAUUACCCAGAAGGCAGUGCUAUAAGGGACGGAAGCCGGCCCCAAGCCAUAGACGGAAGGCGCAGAGGGGCGUUCCCCAUAACGGCGUGGGCGGGACUUCCGGCGUCCAGUCUUCGGCCGCCGUUAGGUUGCGGCUGCUGUAGUUGCCGAAGCAACACUGGCUAGAACGCCAGACAGGGGCCACUUUUCGAGACCGAGUAGAGACGGACAGUGAGGAGGAUAGGACCCACUUACACGCUUUUAUGUCAGCCGCGAUCCCACCCCCACAAGCGUCUGCAAAACGCUUCCUCGGGCGUUGGCGACAGCCCUGUGUCCCCACGGCGCGCAGAAGCGGCGCCGCGAACCUUGUGCGCAUUUCACACGACGGCGGGGACUGAAGUCCCUCGCAGCCCAGAGCCGGAGCCCGGGGUCUGCCAAGCCCGCAGGACCGGCUUCCUCGCCGACUCUCACGGCCUCACCCCGCCCCUUGGGCCCAUGGCGGCGCCGGCGUUGGCAUUAGUAUCAUUUGAAGACGUGGUUGUGACCUUCACUGGAGAGGAAUGGGGGCACCUGGACCUGGCCCAGAGGACCCUGUACCAGGAGGUGAUGCUGGAGACCUGCAGGCUCUUGGUCUCACUGGGGCAUCCUGUUCCCAAACCAGAGCUGAUCUAUCUACUGGAACAUGGACAGGAACUGUGGACAGUGAAGAGAGGCCUCUCCCAAAGCACCUGUGCAGGUGAAAAAGCAAAACCCAAGACUACAGAGCCUACUGCUUCUCAGCUGGCCUUCUCUGAGGAAUCCUCUUUUAAGGAACUUCUGGCACAGAGAUCCUCAAGAGAUUACAGGUUGGGGCAAGCUAGAGAUGAGGAAAAGCUAAUAGAAAUUCAGGAAGGGGACUUGAGGCCAGGAAUAAACCCCCACAAAGAGAUAUGCCCUGGGAAGUUGAGCUAUAAACAUGAUGAUUUGGAGCCAGAUGAUAGUCUGGGCUUAAGGGUUUUACAGGAACGAGUCACUCCACAAGAUGCUCUCCAUGAAUGUGACUCUCAAGGACCAGGAAAAGACCCCAUGACUGAUGCAAGGAAUAACCCUUACACAUGCACGGAAUGUGGGAAAGGGUUUAGCAAGAAGUGGGCCCUUGUUCGACAUCAACAGAUUCAUGCUGGAGUGAAGCCCUAUGAGUGCAAUGAGUGUGGGAAAGCCUGUCGUUAUAUGGCUGAUGUCAUUCGACAUAUGCGGCUUCAUACUGGGGAAAAACCAUAUAAGUGUAUUGAGUGUGGGAAAGCCUUCAAACGCAGGUUUCACCUCACGGAGCACCAGCGUAUUCACACCGGAGAUAAGCCCUAUGAGUGCAAAGAAUGUGGCAAAGCAUUCACCCACCGCUCUUCUUUUAUCCAGCAUAAUAUGACUCACACUCGAGAAAAACCCUUUUUAUGCAAAGAAUGUGGGAAAGCUUUUUACUACAGCUCUUCAUUUGCUCAACACAUGAGGAUUCAUACUGGAAAGAAACUCUAUGAGUGCGGUGAAUGUGGAAAGGCCUUCACACACCGCUCCACAUUUAUCCAGCACAAUAUGACCCACACGGGAGAAAAGCCAUUUUUAUGUAAACAAUGUGGAAAAGCCUUUUGCCUCAACUCAUCCUUCACUCAGCACAUGAGGAUUCACACUGGAGAGAAACCCUAUGAGUGCGGUGAAUGUGGAAAGGCCUUUACUCAUCGCUCCACUUUCAUCCGACAUAAGAGGACCCAUACUGGAGAGAAGCCCUUUGAGUGCAAAGAAUGUGGGAAGGCCUUUUGUGACAGCUCUUCCUUAAUUCAACACAUGAGGAUUCACACUGGUGAGAAGCCUUAUGAGUGCAGUGAAUGUGGAAAGGCCUUUACACACCACUCUGUUUUUAUUCGACAUAAUAGGACCCACAGUGGACAAAAACCCUUGGAGUGCAAAGAAUGUGCAAAAGCCUUUUACUAUAGCUCUUCCUUCACUCGACACAUGAGGAUUCACACUGGAGAGAAGCCCUAUGUUUGUAGAGAAUGUGGAAAGGCUUUUACCCAACCUGCAAAUUUUGUUCGGCAUAAUAGGAUCCACACUGGAGAAAAACCCUUUGAAUGCAAAGAAUGUGAGAAAGCCUUCUGUGACAACUUUGCUUUAACUCAGCACUUGAGAACUCACACUGGAGAGAAACCCUUUGAAUGCAAUGAAUGUGGAAAGACCUUCAGCCACAGUUCAUCGUUCACUCACCAUCGAAAGAUUCAUACCAGCGUUUAAAAGAUACAGGAAGGCCUUUUACAAGUGUGUUUGUCUUUAGUGAACUCAUAGUGGUGACAUACCUUUCCUUUUGAAUAUAACUAUUGAGGGAAAUAUUUUGGCCAGAGAGAUGUCUUAGUAUCUGAUAAUUUAUACUAACUAGAAACAUAAUUGUCCCUGUGAAAUCUUUUUAUGGCAGAUAAUCAGUUGUCAUCCAAAGAAUUAUAUUAAAGAUUGACCCAGUUUAGAGCUUUACACUGUACCUGAGAAUAAUCGAGGGGAGAGACCUGGUGGUUAACAUGCAUUUAGGUAAAAUGUCAGGAACAACUUUCCUCUUAUUAAUACUAUAAAUCCAUCUCAAGCAUAUUUUAAAAUAAUGACAGAUGGAGGAAACAAUCUAGAAGAUAAAAGAAAAAGAUGUGCAUAACUUGUUUUCAGUUUCCCUGUUUAUGACAGUUUGUCAUUUGGCAGGUUGGGGGAUGGAGCAGGGAAUAAGACAUUGAAAAAGUCUCAUCCCCUUUGUGUGUUUUACAUAUAUAUAUCUCUAAGUCCAGAGCCAGGAAAGUUGGACCAUUGAGGGCAGCUCUGCCAACAUUUAUUAGAAGUAUUCAUUGUUCCAAAACUGUCGUCUCUACCCUUGAGGGACUGUGUCUUUGUGAGAAAUAUAAAGGCUUGAGUCAUGAAAUACUUAACACAUGUGCACAUGUACACAUGUACAUUUAUAUAUAUGCAGUGAACUGUUACUCGUGGUAGUUAGGUUCUGUGAAUUUUCUGUGCACACUGAAUUAGUGAAUGCUGAAUGAUUGUUGCUAGGGGAAAUACAGGGUUAGCUUCUGUGAGCCUCUGAUCCAAACAUUUUUAUCAACCAGUCAACAUAUAACCUUCUUCUAUGGGUAUUUGUUUGUUUGUUUAAAGAUACCUUAUCAGUGUUUCUUGAAUAAUUAUAAUUAUUCUUUAUAAUAAAAAUAUUUUAAUUAUA